AUGAAGCGAACCUGGGUCUCGGCGCUGAGCGAUCUGCGGAAAGAAACCGACGUGGCGGAUGAUCCUCCAGAUGACCGAACAGCCGCGGAGCGACGCGAACGCUUCGCCAAGGCGUUUAUCUCCGAUACGCUGUGGCGACUCUACCAAUCCGCGGAGAGCAGCUGGGUUCACUGA